AUGGAGCUAAUUGAUCCACCACUUGAAGGGGGGAACUACACGUGGGCCAACCUGGAAGCUGUUUCGAGGAUAGACAAAAUUAUGUACUCCUCGGAAUGGGGGGAGAGUUUCUGCAAUGUGAAGCAAGAACUAUUACCUCGAGUUUGCUCUGACCAUGCACCAAUUGCACUUAAAAGUGGCCGUUGGAGUCAUACAAAAUCAUAUUUCAAAUUUGAAGGAUGGUGGUUGGAGACCGAGGGUUUUAAUGAAAGAAUUAAAGAUUGGUGGACAUCUUUUGAAUUCGAAGGGAGGCCUGAUUUCAUCUUAGCUUCCAAGCUGAAAGCUAUGAAGACUAAACUGAAAGACUGGAGUGUAAGCACUUAUGGGAACCUGGAAAAAAGAAAGAAGGAAAUGCUCAACAGAGUUCAUGAGUUUGACGAAAUUCAACAGUCCAGGCCUUUAACUGAAGUAGAGACUCUUCAAAAAGCAAGUGUGGUAAAGGAGUUUGAAGAGUACGCAAAGAAGGAAGGGAUAGCAUGGAGACAGAGAUCUAGAACUCUGUGGAUAAAACAAGGGGACAAAAAUACAAAGUUCUUUCAGAGAAUGGCAACUGCUCAUAAGAGAUUCAACCAUAUUGAUAAACUGGUGGUAGAAGAUCAAGAACUGGAAGUUGUACAAGGAAAGUGA